UACUAAUAAUGGGUGAUCAUGGAAUGGACUCAAAGGGAGAUCACGGUGGUGAUAGUGAUAAUGAAGUAGAAUCAGCUCUUUUCGUCUACAGCAAAAGGCAAUUGACAUAUGACUCAAGUACAACAAAUAUUCUUUCACGGAUCUACGAGAAGAUGGACGAAUUUGACGUACACGGGAUAAAAUCUUUUACCUCAAAGUAUGGCAAGUGGAGAAGUAUUCCUCAGAUUGAUUUUGUGCCAACUUUAUCUCUUUUAUUGGGAGUUCCUAUUCCCUUUAAUAAUUUGGGUUCCUUAGUACCUGAGAUGUUUCUUUCUGAUCCUGAAAAUAACAAAGAUAAUAGCAUAGAGAAGCAAUUGAUAGGAUUAUUGGAUGUUAUACGGCUUAAUGCAAUGCAGGUUUAUCGGUAUACCAUGGAAUAUUCGAAAAAACGUCCGUCUGAUUUUUCAAAUAAUUUACAUGUCGUUGGGAAUAUGUUCAAUAAAGCCGAAGCAGAAUACAAGUUAUUAAGAGGUUCAUCUGAUCGACCAAAAAUAGAGAAUUUAGAGAAUUUAAUAGUGCUUUACAUGAGCUUUUUAAGGAAUACACUGCUUAUUUGUCGACGAAUAUGGGCUCAAUUUGACGCGGCAUUGAUGAUAUCCGGAAUUUCGAUUCUGAUAACGAGUUGUUUCUGUGUCGGUUUACAUCUUGCACAAAGUACGAGGAAGCAUACUAUCUUCUGUAAUCAUGCGGCGGUAAGACAUGUCUUGAUUCAAGUUUCUCAACUUUCGAUAUUAUCAUUAUCGGCGCAUCAGUCGGAUCAGUUUUUGGCUAC